UCUGGGAUAUGCAGAAUAAAAUGCGCCGCAUUGAUUUGACUCUCUGAAAUCCUUCGUUGGGUGCAUUUCUUGCUCUUUUGCUUCGGAUUUGUAUUGGGAAUGCGGCUUCUAUACUGUUGGUGCGUCUGAGAUUGUUGGGAUGAGCGAGGUUUCUGGUUUGGCGCAGGGGAAUUCCAAUGUGCAGAUGAUGAGAUCAUGGGACUUUGUGCCGGUGCUUGGUGGUUGACAUGUUACACGUGCAGCGGGUUUUGGAACUUUGCCUCUACUGGAUUUUUGGAUGAUGUGGUCUUUCUCCCCUCAUCAGCAACGUUCUGAAUUUGUGAAAUAAAAUGGGUUGCGUAUCUUGGGCUAACUCACGGAAUGGGAAGUGCUGGCAUUUUGGGAAUAAUUUCCUCCAUAUGAGCUGGACAUAGCCAGAAGCUAUUCCAAUAUUACUGCUUGUCAAGGUUUCUAGUGGAAUUGGUAACUUCGGUUAUUGGGUAUCUUGAAAGAGAAGUAUCGUGAAACAGAACACUGUAAUGGAUAAUUUAGAAUUGAGAGACAGUGAGCCGGAAAUUGAUCUUGAAAGUGGUGGCGCAACCAGUGAAGAAGAUGGAAGUAAAGAACUUGCUUUGGUAAGAAAUUCACGAAAGAACAAAUGUCUCAAAAGGUCUUUGGGAGGGAGCUUAAGUAUAGACAGAUCAAUCAAGAGCGAACCAGAAUCUAGUGUAGAAUUGUGUGGCACUUCAUCUGUUGGUGAGGUUUCAAAUGAGAAUCUAGUAGUGUUGGUGGACAGGAAAUCAAGAGAAAGUAGCCAAGAAAAUGUUCCCUUUUUGGACAAAUAUGUCAAGGAGAAACGACCUUCCACUAAUUCAAGAAAACCUCCCAAGCCACCAAGACCACCAAAAGGUCCGGCUUUAGAUGCUGCAGACCAGAAGUUCGUCAAGGACAUUGUAGAGGUUGCUAUGAGAAAGCGCACAAGAAUCGAGCGGAUAAAAGCACUGAGGAAGAAUAAAGCAGCCAAUGCAUCUGCAUCUUCUUCAAGCAGCAGCCUUACUGCCAUGAUAAUUACUCUUCUUUUCUUCGUUAUCAUUGUCUUUCAAGGAAUACGCUCCAAUAGCAGAGUUGGCUUCCAGGAUUCUCCUGAGCCGGCACUUACCACCAAUGAAGAGCUGAUGUCAUUUCAGCAUAAUAAGAACCUGGCUUCCCAUUUUGGCAGACGGACACGUUUCUAGUUUGAUCUCCGGAGAGGCAGGUAAAUGUGCGAAUGAUACAUUACUUAUAAAUUUUAGUUCUUUGUAACUUUAAUCGGGAAGAAUAUCACUUGUACUGAUGUACCAACGAAAUAGAGGCAUGGAUCAUUUUCCAAGUUCCACAGGGGAAAAGAUCCAGGAAACAGGAAGGCUGGUUCAGAAGUUGUUUGGUCACUAGGAUGGGUCGUAGGAUUUUAACACCAGCUCAGUUAGAGUUUAGAGAUCACAGGAUUGUACAAAUGCCUAGGAUUCAACAGCCGUGGCAUCGGAGCAAUUUUCACUUUGUCCUGUAUUUUUUGGGGUGAGGAUAUCUGGAGUUCGGAUGUCUUAACUAAUCCUACAAUAGCAACAAUCGCUGUCCCACACGACGUGUAAUUAUUGACUUGAUUAGUUUUCAGCUGGCUCC